UGGGGGGUGUGGAGCUGAUGUGGAUUGCGCUGGGUUGGGGAUCAAUGAUUUCGUUUGCUCCCUUUGGUGGAAAUCCAGAUUAGGUCAACAGAAGGCUCUCCUCUUUGCACAGAGGAGCCCAGCUGAGAACUGAGCUGUUUGGCUAGUGCUCUCAGAAUGGAGGGCUAGGAGUCAAGGGUCUUCAGAUCUGGGAGCGGGAAGCUCAGCCCUAGACAGGGAGACUGGUGAUGGACCAAGAUAACACUGUGAGGUUCCUAGGAGGCGAGUGUGGACGGUAUGCAAAGUUGUGAAUCCAGUGGCGACAGCGCGGAUGACCCUCUCAGUCGUGGCCUGCGGAGAAGGGGACAGCCUCGUGUGGUGGUGAUCGGCGCUGGCUUGGCUGGCCUGGCUGCGGCCAAAGCACUUCUGGAGCAGGGCUUUACAGAUGUCACUGUGCUUGAGGCGUCCAGCCGCAUCGGGGGCCGCGUACAGAGUGUGAAACUUGGACACGCUACCUUUGAGCUGGGAGCCACGUGGAUCCAUGGCUCCCACGGGAAUCCCAUCUAUCAUCUAGCAGAAGCCAAUGGCCUCCUGGAAGAGACAACCGAUGGAGAACGCAGUGUGGGCCGCAUCAGCCUCUACUCCAAGAAUGGCGUGGCCUGCUACCUCACCAACCGUGGCUGCAGGAUCCCCAAGGAUGUGGUUGAGGAAUUCAGUGAUUUAUACAACGAGGUCUAUAACUUGACCCAGGAAUUCUUCCGGCAUGGUAAACCAGUUAAUGCUGAGAGUCAGAACAGCGUGGGGGUGUUCACCCGAGAGGAGGUGCGCAACCGCAUCAGGGAUGACCCUGAUGAUCCAGAGGCCACCAAGCGCCUGAAACUCGCCAUGAUCCAACAGUACCUGAAGGUGGAAAGCUGUGAGAGUAGCUCGCACAGCAUGGAUGAGGUGUCCCUGAGCGCCUUUGGGGAAUGGACUGAGAUUCCUGGUGCCCACCACGUCAUCCCCUCGGGCUUCAUGCGGGUUGUGGAGCUGCUGGCUGAGGGCAUCCCAGCCCACGUCAUCCAGCUGGGGAAACCCGUCCGUUGUGUUCACUGGGACCAGGCCUCAUCCCGCUCUCGGGGCCCUGAGAUUGAGCCCCGGGAUGAGGGUGACCAUAAUCAUGAUGCCGGGGAGGGCAGUCAGGGUGGAGAGGAGCCCCGGGAGGAGAGGCAGGAUGAGGAUGAGCAGUGGCCAGUGGUGGUGGAGUGCGAGGACUGCGAGGUGAUCCCGGCAGACCAUGUGAUCGUGACCGUGUCGCUGGGCGUGCUCAAGAGGCAGCAUGCCAGCUUCUUUCGGCCAGGCCUGCCCGCCGAGAAGGUGGCUGCCAUCCACCGACUGGGCAUCGGCACCACUGACAAGAUCUUUCUAGAAUUCGAGGAGCCCUUCUGGGGCCCCGAGUGCAACAGCCUACGGUUUGUGUGGGAGGACGAGGCGGAGAGCUGCACGCUCACCUACCCGCCCGAGCUUUGGUACCGCAAGAUCUGUGGCUUUGAUGUCCUCUACCCGCCUGAGCGCUACGGCCAUGUGCUGAGUGGCUGGAUCUGUGGGGAGGAGGCCCUUGUCAUGGAGAAGUGUGAUGACGAGGCAGUGGCCGAGAUCUGCACAGAGAUGCUGCGGCAGUUCACAGGGAACCCCAAUAUCCCAAAGCCUCGGCGAAUCCUGCGCUCUGCCUGGGGCAGCAAUCCCUACUUCCGGGGAUCCUAUUCAUACACACAGGUGGGCUCAAGUGGGGCAGAUGUGGAGAAGCUGGCCAAGCCCCUGCCGUACACAGAGAGCUCCAAGACAGCGCAAGGAAGCUCCUCAAAGCAGCUGCCUGGUCACCUUUUAUCUUCCAAGUGCCCAGAACAGUCCCUGGAACCUAAUAGGGGCUCCAUAAAGCCUAUGCAGGUGCUGUUCUCAGGUGAGGCCACCCAUCGCAAGUACUAUUCCACCACCCAUGGUGCUCUGCUCUCUGGCCAGCGUGAGGCUGCCCGUCUCAUUGAGAUGUACCGAGACCUCUUCCAGCAGGGGACCUGAGUGCCUCAUUGCUGCCGAGCGUGUUCCUUAAAGAACCACUAACUCGUGACUGCCAGCCCUGCCCCUUGCUGCUGUGUACUCCUCAUUUCCGAAUCCUCUCUAGAAUGGAUUUGUGUCUUUUGUAGAGCUGACAUCUAACUGGCUUCAGACCUGGCCCUGUAGCUUCUUCUUUUCUCCUUCCUGGGUGGUGACCAGGGUGGGGUCCAUUGAUUUACCUCUGUGCUCUGAUCUCUGACCUCCCUAUGCUUUCCCUCAUCUCUAACCUUGUUAUUGUAAGUGCCUUCAAUACUUUGCAUUUUGGGAUAAUAAAAGAGGCUUGCCCUUCCUGUGCUCCUCA